AUGUCAGCCUUUUCCAUCCUUCUGCCAGACGGCAGUGCAAUCACCGGCAAAGAUUUCUCGCCAUCCGAAUCCAGGGUCCCCGUGCGAGCUCGGCCCCUCCUCGUCCUCAUCCCCGGAGGCACUUAUACCGUGGACUUCUUCGAUGCUGACGAAAAGCAUACAGUGCGCACGUGGGCCACAGCACUGGGAGUGCCCGUGGUCGGCUUGAAUCGGCCUGGGUACGGCGAUGUCCCUGUGCCUACGGCCAUGGACAAGGAUGGCAGCACCUUCAUCCAGCAGAGCGGUCGAUGGCUACACAAUGUUGGUCUUCCCACGAUUUGGGAGAAAUUUGCGCAAAAGUACGAGUUUUCCUCAAUCGUUCUCUACGGUCAUUCGAUCGGCGGUGCAGUGGCAAUUGUCGCUGCGUCGCUGUACGAGGAGGGGGCGUCCCCAUACAAGCUCUCAGGUCUAUCGAUGGCGGGUAUCGGAUGUGACACAGUCUAUCACGACUUUCUGGCCAUAUUUGACGACAUGCACAGGACUGCUGAAGUCGGGCCAGCCACACCCAUCAGAUUUCCCAAGCAACAACAAGAACAAUCCAUGUUGGGACCCGUCCCGGAUCUAUAUGACCCGGCCAUACUCGAACAGACUGAACGUCUUGCCAACCCUAUCUACUUGCAGGAGUUAUAUGACGUCGAGUUUCUCUGGCCCGUAUAUUGGGCCCGGUAUGCUCAGUCAGUCUCGGUCCCAGUGCUGUACAACAUGGGAGAACAUGAUCAACUGUGGCAGGUGAAUGAUGACUCAAUGAGGCGAUUUGGAGCGGGAUUUGUCAAGGCACCUGCUGUUACUACGACCAUCUCGAAACACUGUCUACACUGUGUUGAAUUUUCCCAUCAAUCACCGGGUUAUUAUAUCCGACUGCUGGGCUUCGCCGUGGAAUGUGCUAUACAGAGGGAUCUUCGUCAGCUUCUCGAGCGGAAGGUGUAA